AUGAGCGGGUCUUCUGCUCCUGGUUAUCUCGGAGCGCAUUCCGUUGGAAAUCGACCGAGGCAAAAUGUCUACGAUGGAAUACGUCCUGGCUAUCGGCCGGUUCUUUCACUAAAAGAGAUGGAGAAAAUGUAUCCGAACGAGUAUGCUUUCUGGCUUAUGCUGAAAGAAGUAAUGAGAACUGAAAACGGAGUUGUAACGCGGCUUCAAAUUCAAACAAUGACACAAGUUAUUCCAACAAUAAAACAGCUUCAUUUGGUGUCUCUUCCUUCUCAAAAUCGUCAAGCGAUGACUUUAUUUCAUUUCUGCAUCGUUAAUCUCAAUCUGGAUGAGGUUCUUCUUGCUCUCGGAGAAAAAUUUGGAUUUGAUGUUCAAGACCAAGAUGGUUGGACCCCAAUUCUUUAUCUUAUCAACAGUCAUGAGAUCCGAUUCGAGAAUAAAAUCGGGCCGAUCGAAGAACACUUCAAAAAUAGUUUCAAAGUAAAGACUCUCAUCCGAACCAUGCUUGCGAAAUCUAAUCUUGUCCGAAGAGUUGAAAUCAAGGAUGAGCGAUUUGCGAUGAUGAACACACUAGAAUUCUUCAUUCACGCUCGUGGGCGCAACACAGACUUGGAACUUUUCAAAGACAUCAUCAAACAUGUCCAAGUGCAGGAUAAAUCGUUACAAAUGGAGGCUGUUCUUUGGCGAAUCAUGUGGUACUUUGCGACCGAUGUGCUGAAAAACUAUCAUUGGCGACUCAAAGAACUUGAUUUCAAAUUUACGCUGAAGGAAAAUGGGAGAACCCUUCUUUUCGCACUCCUGAGAAACGUGACAGUCAAAGACAGAAAAGACGAAGCCGUAGAUUUCUGGUUCCGGUUCGUCCAAUACAUCGAGAAACACGCGGGAGAAACGGAAUUCAAGCAGAUUAUUCAGAAACCUGAUGCGCACAAAGUCACUCUUUUGAUGCACGCUUGUAGAGGAGGUCAAGUUCCAGUGGUCAAAUUUAUCCUGAAAUGGUACGAGUCUAUCAAUCAGCGAGACGACAACGGAAGAAAUUGCCUAGACUAUGCAAUUGAUGGUCAACAGCCUGAUAUUGUUCAGCUGCUUAUUCAAACAGAUCACUGGGAAUCGGUACUUUGCAAUGCGAAAAAUAAUCGGUCGAAAAUCUCGCCAAAGCCAUUUACAACUCCUUUCCGAAAACUUAUCGAAGUGAUGCCAGACGAAGCGUUAAUGGUACUCAAUCGCUGCAUGAAAGUCCGAGGCGUCGAAUUUGCCAAAUGUGCUCGCCAAGAUCUGGAUGUCAAAGAGCUCGAGAUUCAAUGCAAAGUGUCCUGGAUCAGCGACGACUACCGAAUUUUGAAAUGGUUCAACGCGGGACUCCGCUCAUGUAUUUUCCGGGGGUCUGUUCGUUUGAUAAGAGUUUUUUGUUUUCCGAAAAAUGCAACAUCGAACAUAACAAGAAAAUUGCGAAAUCCGGAGAGAAUCCGUAAGGAAACUGUUUAUUGUCUCGAGGAGUUGAGCAAUGACGGCCCAUACCUGCACGAGUCUAAAGAUGAAUGGCUAAACGAUUCGUCGCCUGCGAUUGACAACGACUCAUCUGGCGCUGGAGAGCCGCUACAAGAACUCUUCGGCGAUGGAAUGGAGAAUGAUUAUCGAGCUAUUCCGGAGCUGGACGAUUUCAGAGGCGAUCUCGACGGCGAAAUGUUGGACGACGCCGAGGUUGAUGAUGAUGAAGAUGCGCGCAUUUUUGGCUACUUGCUGUACCUUGGUUUAUUGAAUGCCUUUGCCCUUUUGAUUCCUCCACCAUAUGUGAUCAGCCAAAAUAGAACUAUUGCCUGUCAUGAAUAUGGAAUCGACCUUGUUGGGAUAAUCGAUUAUUACUUGCCUCGAGAUGAUGAUGGAAAUCUUCUACCAACGGCUAAAUACGAUACUAUCCAUUUGUCGCAAAUGCCAGAUGACAUGAACUACUGUCAUUCAUUGCGAAAUAUUCGAAGCGCGCUCGAUUGGAUCCUCAUUAUUUAUAGUAUUUUCAAGCUUGUAGUGAUGUUCUUACGAAUCAGCUACCAGCGACUCGAUUUCUUGAAAAAGGCUAGCAAUCUUGCAGAAAUGCUCAUGUUUGUUUUGACCUUUCUAUUUGCGAUCAAUUUGAACCCCGAAGAAAGUAGUGCUCCUCUGCAGUGGCAGUGGGUUUGCGGAAUCUGUGCAAUUUGGCUUUCGUGGAUGAUGCUCCUCGUAAAGAUGCAGAAAAUGCCUGGAAUCGGAUACUUUGUGAUUAUGUUCAAUCAAAUCAUGAAAACAUUCACGAGCUUUUCGAUUCUAUGUUUCAUGUCCAUUUUUGCGACUGCGAUUUUGAUGGUGAUCAUGUUUCAGGAUCGAGACAGCUUCGCUACUUUUUUCAAUUCAUAUUUGAGCACGUGCUUGAUUUUUGUUGAAAAAUUUGCUUGGGAGAAUUUAUUUGGGACGCCGUGUAGUGCGUUGGGACCAGAAGCGACUGAAGAAACAGAUCAUUGCAAAUCAUUUGAUGACAUUGCGCAAAAUACGUUGAUAAUUAUCUUCACUUCUUUUAUUAUUGUGAUGCCGUUGGUUGUUGUCAAUUUGAUUGCUGCGUUGGCGAUCGAAGAUAUCAAGCUCAUUUCAGCAAAUGCGAUAUUCAAAAAAAUGUCAAAUCAAGUGAAGCAAACCCUCGAAGCCGUCUAUCAAAUGCCGAAUAAAUACAGAGCAGAGCUUAUUCAUAUUGAGUACCUAAACUCGACUAUCAAAACUCAGGAAGAUACGAUGUCUAAGGAUGCGUUCAAUAUGGACACUUCGAGUGGAAAAGUGACGAAAAAGGCCGUUACAGAGCUGCACAAACAGUGUCUCGACGAAACACCAUCUGUUGAUGCCCUCAUGCAGAGUAUAAAUCGACGAAUAACGGCCCUUGCAUCUCAUGUUGAAGAUAACGACGCUAAAUUCAACAAGCUUGAACUCAUGAUCGACCAACUUCUUCCUGCCACUUGA